AUGUCUAAAACUAAAGAAGAUUAUUUAAACAUUCUUAAAGGACUUUCUAAAGACUUAUAAUAAGAAAUAAAGCAAUAAUAUUUACAAAUUUGUACAGAAAAGUAUUUUGAUAGAGAUUUAAUUGUUGACUGUAAAAACUUGUUAUUUUAUAAAAGGCAUGUAUGAUAAUUUGAAAAUUAAAGAAAGAAAUUUAAAUGAUUUUAUCUUAACUAUUGAUGCUCAUUCCAAAUUUUAUGAAGCCCAUAAAGAAUCUAUCAAUUCAGAAGAUAUAAAAGCAUAAUUAAAAAAUACAAAAAAAUUAGUAGCUGAUUGGGUAAAAUGGUAUGAAAAUAUUACAUAAAAAUAAUCAUGA